AACCCUGAAUUUGGUUCUUAUAUAUAAAACCUUUGCGCCUUAAAACCCUAAACCCUGAAACCAGAGCUAAAACCUCCGAGGCUGAUAAACCAGUAAACGAAAAAACCCCAACUUCGAGCUUUAGGGCACAUCCUUUGUCAAACCCUAAUUUCUAUCUGUUUCCUGGAAAAUUGGUGUAGUGUUUUGCAUUUUCAAAUUCUGGGGAAUCCCUUUCGUCAAAUUCAAUUUUCUACUGAAAACAAAACGGGCCCUGAAAGCCUAGUGUUUUGAAAAGAAUUUUGGCAAUUCAUUUUUGAACGAUAUAUACAUAUAUAUAAAAUUUUGGUUUGCAUUACAUAUACAGAGGUUGGACCAGUCCGUCUAAGUUGAAUUGCUUCUGUGUUGUGAAUUUUUGUUACUAAAAUUACCUAAAAUAUAUAUUUUCAAACGUAUAUAAUAUAUAUUACAAGUACAGGUUUUUAAUCGUUAUAUUUGAGUUUUCAAAUGGCUAUGGAUGGUAGCUUCAGCCUGGAAUCUGCACUGGAGAGGUUUCUUGCCCGUUGUCCAAAGCUCCAAUCUUCUCCAAAGUUUGUUUUGCUGACGAAAAAGGGAAAUGCAGUGACUCAAGAUGAAGUGGUGAAAGCUCUAGUUGAGUUGUUUGUGCAUCCAAAUUAUACUCUUCCCUUGAUGGGAUGUUUUCGUCCAAUAGCUCAGAAAAUCGUGGACAAAGCUGUCGAAUUGCUUCGGCUUGUGCCCAAUUUGCGGUCUAAUUCUGACAGGGGAGUUGUAGAAGUUGGGAAAGAUAGAGAUUUAAAUGAAGUUGAAAAUGUGAUUGAGUUCUAUAGUGGAGCUGGGAGGGGUCUGGAUCUUCACGAGCUUGUUUGUUUAGCCUUCUGUCGCGCCCUUGAGUUGGCACCUUUUUUUUGGGGGUCUAUAGUAGGUUACUUUGAAUUUGCUCCACCUCCAUUUGAACGCAUUUUGAUGGGACCAAAAGUGUCUGAUCUCUGUGUCGAGGUUGGAACACGUGUAUUGCUUGUGGUAGGGGUGUCCUACCGCCUCCUCUUAGUGAAAUAUGAUUUUUUCUCUAAACUUCAGAAUUGGUCAUGUUUCUUGGACCUUGUCGAGCAGUCUGCAAAUUUUGACAUGCACAAUAGUACUUCGGAUACUGUGGAGGUCAUCGCAGACAUAAGAUGGUGUGGGCUACAGAUAAUUUCCCUCAUUCUUAAGUUAAGUUGUAAAGCAACCGAAAACUUGGGCAUCACAGAUGAAGACGCAUUUUCAUGUUUAUUACGAUGGGAGGAGUUCUGUCAGGACGUAUCAUUUGAGAGCGGUGGCUGGUAUGUUGAAUCAUCCAGACUAAAGGGCUUAGUGUCCCUGGAUGGAAGGAAUGUUUAUUGUCAGAAAAGCUGUUUGCAGUCUUCAUCACAAUGUUAUGACAUUGAGCCACAAACUAAGCGUCAAAGGUGUGCUACGUGGGAUGAGAGAUCAGCUGGCGAUCCAUUUGUUGUAACUUCAGCAGUGAAGGAAAGUUUUAAGAUGAUGCUCUCAGCUGUGAAGGAAAAGUGGCCUGUUCUUCUGUAUGGUCCCACUGGCUGUGGGAAAUCUGCUCUCAUUAGCAAAUUGUCCCAGGACAGUGGAAAUCAAGUUCUAUCAAUUCACAUGGAUGAUCAAAUUGAUGGUAGAACAUUAAUUGGGAGUUAUGUAUGUACGGAAAAGCCUGGUGAAUUUAGAUGGCAGCCAGGGUCACUUACGCAGGCUGUUUCUAAUGGGUAUUGGGUUGUCUUCGAGGAUAUUGACAAAGCACCCUCUGAUGUGCGUUCUGUUAUAUUACCAUUACUGGAGGGUGUAAACCUAUUUGCAACUGGGCAUGGACAGGAAAUUAGGGUGCCAGAAAGUUUUCGAAUUUUUUCCACAAUUUCAACCUCUAAGCUUGAUCCGUCUUGCAUUGCAGAAGGUGGGAAUUCACUUUCCAUUUUUUUUAAAGUGUAUGUUUCACCCUCAACUAAUGAGGACUUGCAAAGCAUAGUGAAAGCGUGGUAUCCAAGUUUAGAGCCUCUUGCUGUGAAACUCACAGAAACAUUUGAAAGCAUUAACUCUGCCACAUUACGUCAAACUGGUGGAUUUCAAGCUGGAAAUUCUGCUUCUGUUAGUUACCCAAGUAGAUUCUCCUUAAGGGAUCUCCUCAAAUGGUGCAAGCGUAUAACAGGCCUGGGUUUUAGCUUUGAGGGAGAUGAUUUGUCACCUUAUGCACGUGAUUGUAUCUAUCAGGAGGCGGUUGACAUAUUUGCGGCCUUCUCAACGUCUACGAAGAACCGGUUAACUUUAAUGCAAUACAUCGCCAGGUUGUGGGAUGUGCCAUCAACUGUUUCAGAUACCUUGUAUCCUCCUAAUAAGCCUGUAGUCCAGGAUUUACUCUCAGAUUUAAGAGUUGGACGAGUUUCCCUCCCUCGCAUUCAUACCACCAAGCGUGGAAAGAAAGAUUACAAGAAGAAACCUUUUGUUGAGAUUCGCAGUUCGAUUCACUUGCUUGAAAGAAUUGCUUCAUCUGUUAAGUGGAAUGAGCCUGUUCUAUUGGUUGGUGAAACUGGGACUGGAAAGACUACACUUGUACAGGAUCUGGCAAUGAGGCUUGGUCAUAAGCUAACAGUCUUGAACUUAAGUCAGCAAAGUGAUGUUGCUGACUUGUUAGGGGGAUAUAAGCCUAUGGACGCAAAGUUUAUUUACCUUCCGCUGUAUAAUGAGUUUUGUGAUCUAUUCUCUAAAUCAUUUCAUGUGCAGCUUAAUCCUAAAUUUAUUGGGAAAUUAGAAGAUGCUCUUAAGAAGGAGGAUUGGGAAAGGUUACUAAAGGGAUUUGAGGUUGGUGUUAAAAAGUUUUUCCAGAAAGUUGAAGAGGCGAGAUCGUUAGUUGAAGAGUCCGGAAAAAAGCGCAAGAAAGCUCCAGUUGAGGAACAAAUCAAAGCCUGGGAAAAUUUCACACUGAAAGUAGAGAAUGCCAGUGCACAUGGAAUGAUAUUUUCGUUUGUGGAAGGAGCUUUUGUAACUGCACUGAGAAAUGGUGAGUGGAUUUUGCUUGAUGAGGUGAAUUUGGCCCCUCCCGAGACGUUGCAGAGGGUAAUCAGUGUGCUUGAAGGGGAGCAUGGAUCACUUUGUUUAGCAGAAAGGGGGGAUAUUCAUUAUAUAGAUAGGCAUCCCAGCUUCCGUUUAUUUGCUUGUAUGAAUCCUGCAACUGAUGCUGGCAAGCGAGAUUUGCCCUUCUCUUUGAGGAGCAGAUUUACAGAGUAUUUUGUUGAUGAUGUGUUGGAUGAUGAAGAUCUAACACUAUUUGUUGGUCAAUUUUUAGGUGACCGAAAAUCAGAUUUGCAAUUAGUGUGUAACAUUGUGUCCUUUUAUAAAAUUGCCAAGAAACUAUCUGAAGAAAAGCUGCAGGAUGGAGCUAAUCAAAAACCACAAUAUAGUUUGAGGUCUCUUUACCGUGCACUAGAAUAUACAACAAAGGCUGAAAGAGAGUUGGAAUUUGGAUUUCCAAAAGCAAUAUACGAUGGGUUCUGUAUGUUUUUUCUCACUUUAUUGGAUAAAAGCAGUGCUUUGGUUAUGGAAGAAACAAUCUUGAAGUAUUUGUUAGGUGGAAAAAUUCCGAAGGAAGUACCUUAUUUUAAGUACUUACGUGACUCAACUAUUAACGGGAGCUCUGAGAACAUUAUAAAGUAUACUGUAACUGAAAGUGUUGAGGAACGUCUCAGGAAUUUGGCUCGUGCUAUUUGGAUAAAGAAAUACCCUGUUCUAUUGCAGGGACCUACAUCCAGUGGCAAAACUAGCCUUGUUCAGCAUCUUGCUGCAAUAACAGGUCAUGAAUUUGUAAGAAUAAAUAAUCAUGAACAUACCGAUUUGCAGGAAUAUCUUGGUUCCUAUAUAACGGAUGCUUCUGGGAAGCUAGUCUUCCAUGAAGGUGUACUGGUGAAGGCUGUACGAAAUGGGUAUUGGAUAGUUCUGGAUGAGCUUAACUUAGCUCCAUCUGAUGUGCUGGAAGCAUUGAACCGAUUACUAGAUGAUAAUAGGGAGCUUUUUGUGCCUGAGUUGCAGGAAACUAUUCAUGCAGAUGAAAAUUUUAUGCUUUUUGCCACUCAGAAUCCUCCUGGUUUUUAUGGUGGGCGUAAAAUGCUUUCUCGAGCUUUCCGCAAUCGUUUUGUAGAAAUUCAUGUUGAUGAAAUUCCUGAAACUGAGUUGAGUACAAUCUUAUUAGAGCGGCGCCCUGGACUUUCUAAAAAGAUGGCUAAGCAAAUGAUUAUUGUGAUGAAGGAAUUGCAAUUGAAAAGGCAGAUGAGCAAAGUUUUUGCUGGGAAACAUGGGUUCAUUACUCCGCGAGACUUGUUCCGGUGGGCUGAUCGUUUCAUAGAACUUGGGGGUGGUUCUGAUGUGGAUUUGGCCCGAGAUGGUUAUUAUCUUUUGGCAGAGAGGCUUCGGGAUGAAGGCGAGAAAUGUGUUGUUCGAGAAGUUUUGGAAAAAAAUUUCCAUGUUAAACUUGAUGAAGACAACUUGUACUUUCAGGAACCUGUUCCCAACUUGCCUGAUGGUGCUGAAGUUCCGAAGAGUCUUCAAAAUUGGACUAAAAGUAUGCGAAGAUUGUACUUCCUAGUGGAGCGUUGCUAUAAAGUGCGGGAACCUGUACUUCUUGUUGGUGAAACAGGGGUUGGGAAGACAACCGUCUGUCAGUUGCUGAGUAUUCUUUUGGGUUCAAAAUUGCACAUCCUGAACUGUCAUCAGUACACCGAAACCUCUGAUUUUCUUGGGGGGUUUUAUCCUAUUCGGGAGAGAUCAAGAUUAACAUCAGAUUUUAAAAGAACAAUUGAAGAAUUGUUGAUGACAGAGGCCUUUAACCAGUUUCAUCUGGACUAUACCGUCUCUUCGGACAUUGGUCAAGCCUCUGCAACAUUGUCCAAUCUGAACAAAAUGAUAAAAGAUUACAAACAAGGUCUGAUUUUAAAUCCUGAUGUCACCAAGCACAAUCUGAUGACUUUGGAAGGGAUAAUGCUGAAGCUUUCUGAGAUGCACCAAGAGUGGCAGAAAAUGUUUGUAUGGCUGGAUGGGCCCCUUGUUCAGGCAAUGAGGAGUGGUGAUCUCUUUCUGGUGGAUGAAAUUUCCUUGGCUGAUGAUAGUGUACUUGAGAGGUUGAACAGUGUCUUGGAGCCAGAGAGAACACUGUCUUUAGCUGAGAAAGGAGGUCCUGAUCUGGAGAAAGUUGUGGCUCACGAGAGAUUCUUUUUGCUUGCGACAAUGAAUCCUGGUGGUGAUUUUGGUAAGAAAGAACUGUCUCCCGCUCUUCGCAAUCGGUUCACAGAGAUAUGGGUUCCCACUAUUGGUGAUAGAGAUGAGCUUGAAAGUAUUGGUCUUGCAAGGAUAACCUCCCCGAAGCUCUCAUCCAUUUUGGAUCCUUUGCUGAAUUUUUGGGAGCAGUUCAACAAUCUAAAACCAGGGAGAACACUUACUGUGAGAGAUCUGCUGUCUUGGAUUGAUUUUAUUAAUGUGACUGAAAACAACUUAGGAUCUGAGUCUGCAUUCCUUCAUGGGGCAUUCCUUGUUUUGCUUGAUGGACUGAGUUUAGGGAGUGAAAUUUCAAAAGGGAACAUCAUUGAUCUGAGGAAUGAAUGCUUCAAAAUCCUUUUAAAGCAAGUGAAGGGAAACGUUACUGAAUUGGAGUACUCAAAACUUGCAAGAAUUCAAAACUAUGGUUGGGGUGAUCCUGAUACAACUGAAGGUGAUUCAUGCAGUGAUAGCAUGCAGUGUGACAAUAUUUUUGGUGUGGAUCCGUUCUAUAUAGAAAAAGGUUCUGUAAGUUUUGAUGCUGAAGGGUUUGAGAUUUUGGCACCAACCACCAGGAGAAAUGUAUUGCGGGUACUUCGAGCUAUGCAGCUUCCCAAACCUGUUCUAUUAGAAGGUAGUCCAGGUGUUGGGAAAACUAGUUUGAUUGUUGCAUUGGGCAAGUUUUCUGGUCACAAUGUUGUCAGGAUAAACUUGUCUGAGCAGACUGAUAUGAUGGACUUGUUGGGUUCUGACUUACCAGUUGAAAGUGAUGAAGGAAUGAAGUUUGCCUGGUCCGAUGGGAUCCUUUUGCAGGCUUUGAAAGAAGGCUCUUGGGUUUUGCUUGAUGAACUUAAUCUUGCUCCACAAUCUGUAUUGGAGGGUUUGAAUGCUAUUCUGGAUCAUCGAGCUGAAGUGUUCAUUCCAGAGCUGGGUUAUACUUUUAAGUGUCCCUCAGCCUUCAGAAUAUUUGCUUGUCAAAACCCUUCCUAUCAAGGUGGUGGCAGAAAAGGCCUUCCAAAGUCUUUUCUCAACCGUUUCACAAAGGUGUAUGUGGAUGAGUUGGUUGAGGAUGACUAUCAUUUUAUCUGUAGUUCACUUUAUCCAUCGAUUCCUGUACCUCUUCUUUCAAAACUGAUUUUGUUUAAUAAACGGUUGUAUGAAGACACUAUGGUGUAUCACAAAUUUGCUCUGGAAGGUUCCCCUUGGGAGUUUAAUCUAAGGGAUGUGAUUCGAUCAUGUCAAAUCAUACAAGAUGCACCCUCUGAGUCCAAAGAUUAUUGCUUCCUGGACAUCGUCUAUGUUCAACGGAUGCGUACUGAAUCAGACCGAAGAAAAGUCCUACAGCUAUAUGAGCAGAUUUUUGAGAUAAAGCCAUAUAUAAAUCCUUAUCCACGAGUUCACCUCAAUUCUGAAUACUUAAUGGUUGGAAAUACUGCUCUAAGAAGGAAUUGUGUCCAGUCAUCUAGACUUCCUAGCAGCACACUUAAAAUUUUGCCUGGAAUUCGUCAAAGCUUGGAAGCUACCACACAAUGUGUAGAGCAUCAAUGGAUGUGUAUCCUGAUUGGUCCAGCAUCCUGUGGUAAGACUUCAUUGGUCAGGUUACUGGCUCAGCUCACUGGAAACGUGCUAAAUGAAUUACAUCUUUCAUCUGGGACUGAUAUAUCUGAAAUACUUGGAUGCUUUGAGCAAUAUAAUGCCUUCCGAAACUUCCGCUCAGUUGUUGCUGAGGUUGACUCCUAUGUGAAGGAGUGUUGCAGUUUGCGAUUGGAGUUUUCGAAGGAGGCAUUUUUACAUGAUAGCAAGGGUCUUAUUACAAGAUGGUUUUCUUUCGUAUCGAACGUAGAUUGUGAUUCUUUUUCUUGUUUUAGUUCUAAUUUUUUGGAAGAUAGGGUGAGAUUUUCCAAUUCUCUUACUUUGUUAAUGGAGAUUGUUGAACAUCUAAAGUUGGUCGUGGAAAAAAAUGUUCCAUCCAUAUCUUGGUCAAGCAAAGAACUUGAUAGAGUUAUGAGGACAAUUAUCAAGUUGCAAGAAGGUUAUGAGAAAGGACCAUUUUCAGUAAAGUUUGAAUGGGUUACGGGAGUAUUGGUAAAGGCUGUAGAACAUGGAGAAUGGAUUGUUCUAGAGAAUGCGAAUUGUUGUAAUCCCACGGUACUUGAUAGGAUCAACUCUUUAGUGGAGCCGUCUGGAUCAAUUACAAUUAAUGAGCGUGGGGUUGUUGACGGAAAACCAGUUGUCAUCCAACCGCAUCCUAAUUUUCGGAUGUUCCUCACUGUUAACCCAAGUUAUGGUGAAGUAUCCCGAGCAAUGAGGAACAGAGGAGUUGAAAUAUUUAUGAUGCAGCCAAAUUGGCUACUAGAUGAGAGCAGCAGAUACAAUUGUGAGGAGACUGAGCUAAAUGAUGUGAAAAGAUUUCUUGUUCUCUCAGGUAUUCCCUUUGCUAAAUUGGUGCAUUCUAUGGCCAAAUCACAUAUAUAUGCUAGAGGAGAAGGAUUACGUUUUGGUGUUUCCAUCACGUAUCUUGAGCUUGCUCGCUGGGUUCAGUUGUUCAAACAACUUCUCAUGAAUGGAAGCCAGCCUUUGUGGAGCCUUCAAACAAGUUGGAAGCAUAUAUACCUUAGUAUGUUCGGUGAGGCUGUCGGAGGAAAUGUUAUUAGUCAUGUGAAAUGCACAUAUUUAUCGGGAACUGAAUUGUGUGAAUCUGACUCGUCACUGCGUCCAUCUUUGUGUUUGCCUGGAGGAUGGCCGACACCAUUGAAGCUGAGGGAACUCGUGUGGCACUCGAAACAAGCUCUUGUGAAGACUAAUUGCAUGUACCUUGAGUUUCUGGGGGCUAAGUAUGCGUCAUACAAAUUUCAACUCGCGAGGAGCAGGUGCAAUAUGUCCCUGGAUUCAACUGCUUGUCGCUAUGUAGUGACUUACUUGAGGGGUAUGGGGGUGUUAAAUGAAACUAUGGUUCACAGGGCUUCCACUUUUUUGACUUUAAUCUCCGUCGAGAAUACUGAAGUUGAUAAGGUAUUGGCCAAGGUUGAGAAAAAGCUAUUGUUUGCUGCCAAAUGGGCCAUUGAACAAGCUACUGAAAGUGAUCUCAAGCUGUACCUUCUGUGGUUUAGCUGGUUUCAUUCUCGAUUACAGCCUUUCUGUCAGUUCUUUGAUUCUUUUGUAAAGUCAAUUGCACUAAGUAUGGAUCAUCCUGUUUGGGAAUAUACGUCCAUUCAAUGCCAUGACCUUGCAUCUCUUCACAAAGUAGAAUUUGAAAAGCAGCUGAUACCACUGCUCUCAUUAGGGUUGGUUGAUGUGAUUGAAUCAAAUGAGAAGUUCAAAAUAUCCAGUGAGUUUCUCCACAGUGCUGUGAAGUACGUCGAGCAACUGAGGCUCACUUAUCAAGAGUGGAAUAAUGAGGACAGCUAUGCGUCAAAGGAAGCUUGUUACUUUGAAGAAGUCUUAAAACGUUUGCGGAAAGAGAUCAAUAAUCUGGACAGUUCUUCGCACUUCCACUCAGGGAAGUCCUUGUUGUGGGUUCAUGGUGGUCACCCGAUUUUGCCGUCUUCUUCUAAACUGUUUGAAAAGCAGCUUCAGAUUUUGGAACUUUGUGAGUCGGUUUGGCCAACUAGAACAGGAUUAUUUGUCCAUGUGAAUGAUCCUCUUAUUGGAGUAGUUUCUGAUCUUCGCUCCUUUGUCUUGGAAGGUGUUUCCAUGUCAUCAUGUAUCACUGGGAAAUCGGAUUCUUGCGAGGAUGAGGACCAUGUUGUUCAACAGUUGGAUCGCAUUUAUCAGAAGCUUUUGCAAUUGUUUGUAAAGGAAAGAAUCAAAAUUGAGGAGACUUCAUGGUCGAACAAGAAUUUUUGCGGAGCGAAUGGAUCUUUUUGUUGUUCUUUGUGCAUUGUGGCAUUAGGUCAGGCGUAUGGGUACAGCUGUUGGCAGGACGUAUUUCCCUUGAUGGAUAGUACAAGCUUUGCCCUAGAUAUGAAGCUACUUCAGGAACUAUCAUCUGUCAUUCUGGUCAAUAACAAAAGAUUACAUCUGGAUUUAGCCAAAGUAUCUAGCCAUCUGAAGUAUGCGUUGAAAUUCUCAUUGAGCAAUUCAUCUAGACCACCUCAAAUGUUUUCUCCCCAUCAAAAGAUUCUGUGGAUACUGGAUGUGUGGAGUUCAGUUGAUGCAGUCAAUGAAAAAGUUUCCAGCUUCGUACUUGAGAUGUGGUUCAGGUGGCAUCAAUCGUUGUGGAUGUAUUGCCCUGUUUCUGUCAAGAGCUUCUCGAGCACUGCUGUUUAUGAUAUUCCAGUACCUGAUGUUCUGAUUCAGCCGGUGGUAACAGCAACCGUAUUCCAGAUACUGCAAAGCACACCUGCCAUCAAGGAUUUUUUUGUGAGCUCUCUGAAGCUUAGAGUUGCAUCAUGUAAUCUUUGGCGCGGCUCUCUGCCAGGAGCAAACUUACCUUUUUUUCUACUUUCCGCUGCUCGCUCUCUGUUCCAGCAGAUCGUAUAUGCACAUGAGAAAUCUUUUGAUGCUGAUCAAUUUGCUAAAAUCAAGUCAGUUUUAGAGCAAGGAAGCGGUCUUGUGGUAUCUCUUAUUUCGAAGUCAAGUCAUCAUGGGCUGAAAGACUCAGUGGAUAUGUUUAUCAAACCACUGCUUCAAAACCUCGAUCCUCAUUGCUCAUCUAAAGAGCCUGGAUUUAAUCAUGGGUGUGUUUGGCUGCGGCUUGGGAUAUUACGUCUUAAACUAUUGCUCUGCGGUGAUGAUAUGGAUCCCGCCAUGAAAUACCAUUGCAAGAAUUCACUGUUAGCAGAGAAGAUAUCUUUGCUAAAACUUGAAAUUCAGGUUCGGCAAAAAUGCGAAUACUUGGCAGGGCAGAUUUCUACAAGAUAUUCUCAUGAAAAAAGGGCUCAGGCAUUGAACAAGCUUGAAGCUGAGCACAAAAGGCUGCAGAGAAAGAUCGUCUUCCGCUCUGACUACCGGAAAUUUAAGGGCUUAAAACAUGAAUGUGAUGAGUUUCUUGAACGUGUUACAUCUGAUGAGUUUUUUCAACAUGUUACGUCUGAUACAUUUUACAAAUACAUCACAAGCUCAGAAAUUUUAGUUGGUAGUGUUGAUGCCGUUAACUUACAACAGAUUCUUGACCAAGGCUCUAACUGGCAGAAAAUGGCAACCGGUUUUAUUGAACAACUAUUAUCAGAUGAGUACCGUGAGUACACUGAUAUUGUUCAACCAGUUCUGGUUGCAUUAUAUGAAAUAAAAUUGGGCUUGGGGCUGAUUCUGGCAAGUGUCAUGCAAAAAAUGAUCCUGACUAAAGUUGAGCUGGACGAUGCAAAUAUGAUUAUGGGGUCUAUUUGUUCAUUUAUGAGAUUCCCUCGAGUAUCUGCUUCCAAGAGCAUUUCUGUUAACUUAAACACUGGCUCAAGCAAAUUUCCCUACAAUUUAGAAAUUCCUACAAUCUUCAAUGCUGAGGAUAUAAGUCUUCUCGAGAAGUUGAUUACUUUUUCCAGUGGCGUUCUGACUAAUAGAAUGGUCUCUAUUACACAACUUAAAACUACCCUGCACCGAAACAUUCUUGUCCGUGUUUCACAUUCUGUUGCUAAUGCACGGCUGAUGGAUUAUGCAUCCUUUAUGCUCCUGGAUAAGACAUAUAGCGAGAUUACAGAUCAUUGGAUGAGUAUGAAGAUUCAAUCUAAAAACAAACAGGACUAUGCUGCUUUGAAAUUCAAGUUUAAGCCUCGUGCGUUUAAACUUGAGAGUAUUAUUGACCUUGAUAUAUCGGCUCUUGGGAAGACAUUAGCAAAUCAAAGUUUUUUAGAUUGGAAGGAAUUUAUUUCUGCAGAUCAACAUAUUGAGGGGGAGGAAGCUCCGGAGGAACAAGAAGAUUUGGACAGGGAAUUGAAGUUCAUGGAGGAUUCCAUUGUGAAGGACGUGGUCAAGACUCACAAUCAGUUAUUUGGGUCAAAUAAUCUUGUUCUAGCUCCGGGUGCUUUCCAUGUCAAUGAUCUCGACAGAACACUUUCAUUCACUGAUUCACAUACAAUUGGAGUAGGGAUGGUCAGAGGUUUGGGGGGUUCAUUUCUUUCCAGUUUGGAUGCUAUACUUGUACCAGAGAAUUUGUUUCGUAUUUGCGUGGAGCAUGAGUGGAAGUUUGUUUCUUCUGACACAUCAGCCCGUAAAUACAAUAUUUACCAGGACCCAAAUGCUCCGAAGAUGUAUGAAAUGGUGAAAUUGCUUACUGCUCUUAAGCAGCAAAUUCAUUCCCUUUUAAAUGCGUACGAAGAACAUCAUGAACUUCAGAGAAUCUUAGAUUCAGUUGAAAUGCUUUUGAAUAUUCCCCUGAGCACGUCCCUAGCUAAGGCUCUGUCGGGAUUGCAGUUUCUAAUUAACAAACUCCGUUUAUUACAAGAAAAUGGCUCGCGCUUUGCUUUCUCUGAUCAAGUGAAGCCUAUUUGGGAUCUGGUGCUCUUGUGGCAGAGGAUGGAGUUGGAGUCCUGGCCUGCCUUGCUUGAUGAGGUUCAGGAUCGUUAUGAGAUUAAUGCUGAAAAGUUAUGGUUUUCUCUUUAUUCAGUUCUACGACAUAGGCUUUCUUCUGAUGUUGUUGAAUACAAAAAAUCUACUACCGAAAGUUUGGAGGAGUUCAUUCAUUCAUCCAGCAUUGGUGAAUUUAGAAAACGCCUUCAACUUCUUUUUGCUUUCCUUGGCCAAAUAAAUACUGGUAUAAGCCUACAGGUUUAUUCAAGUGGUUGUGAGAAGAAAAAUGUGAAGAUUUUGUACAAUGCGUUUGGAUAUUACGCACAAUUCUUACCGGCAAUUUUGGCGCACAUGGAUUCUUCUAGAAGAGAUAUUGAGAUGGAACUCAAAAGAGUACUCAAACUGUGUCAGUGGGAUCAUCGCGAGAGUGCCAUUGAAAAUUUCACAAGUACAAGGCAGAAGCUGAGGAAAAUUAUAAAGAAGUACACAGUGGUUCUGGAACAACCUGUAAUUGUUUUCCUUGGCCAACAUAUCGUGAAAGGCGCUGAAUCCCAACCUCAACAAGGUCAAAAGUUCUUCGUGGAUGAUGUGAACCGAAAAAUAGGGACAAUGGAUGCUCCUUUUGAUUUGACAGUGUUUAAUGAUGAAGACAGGUGUAUGUGGUACACUGGUUGGAUAAAAGAAGCAGAUGCUGCUCUGAAGAAGUUACGGCGUGACAGAACACUUGAAUUUGGAUAUUCACAGUCCAAAAGUGCCAACAGUCUUUGCUCAGACGUUGCAGGAAUAUUAAGGCAAUGCUCAGCUUCUCUGUCCGCUUAUCCUCUAUACACAGACGAAUGGCAUGCUGUGUGGCACACACUUCAAAAUAUCUUUGAUGGUGCUGUGGAUUGCUGUGAUCUGUGGAAGGAUGCAAGCAAGAGUCAAAAGAAAGGGCGGGCUUUUUCUUACCUUCUAAAUCUUUUAAAAAGCAGUGGGUUGUCAAGGGACAUAUUUACUGAGGAUGAAGUUAAAUCUUGGUGGUUCGUUCAUCCAUCAUAUGAUGUUCAGCAUCUUCUGCUGACACAAAGUAGACUUCCCUACGGAGAUUCUGAUGCUGCCCUUCCUUUGACCCAUCAAGAUCUUGUUACUGAAUGGAAAACAACCAAUGAAUACUACUUCAGUAGCAUAGCAUCUGUGCUCUUUACUCACAAACAGAUUGGCAGGCCAGACCCUUUUCUUCACCAGCUCAUCAAAAUACAAAAAAAUCAACAUAAAGCUGCCAAUAAAUUUGCAGAGCAGUUGAGGGACUUGAAGGAAUGCAUUUCUACUUUGGAGAAUUUGGAUUCCACUGAUUCUGAGGAUAAAAGUGGCAAUUGCUCUUUUGGUCAAAAGCAGCAUGCCACCUUCAAAUACAUGUGGCAGCAGAAGCAACUAUUUGAUAGUUUGUGUGCCACUUCGCAUGAAGAAUUGUUGUUGUUAAAGACAUUUGAUAAUACCCAUUUAAAGGGUUGUCAAACUGUCAAGAAUGAAGGAAAUGAGUUUCUUGCUUCCAUCGAGAAAUUUAUUCCAGUUCUACAGAAAUCUAAGGAAUCAUUGGACAAUUACCUUCUUGGUCCUGGUAGAGCUAUAGUUACUCUUGCUGGCUCCUCGCAAUGCGUUCUUAUUUCAAAAGACAUGGAACAAUUGGUGUCUCAAAACUUCGAGGUUAUAAAGGAGUUUGAGGAGCAUCUUCUUGCUUUCCAUGCGAAAGAUGUGGAUAAAAGCUCUGUUGAAGAUAUUUUGCUUGGUCAUUUUGUAGAUAUACUUGAGAAGGGGAGGUCAAUGGAAGUGGAGUUCAAUUCAGUGAUGGAUGAGAAAAAUGUGUCAGUUGGUGAACUCGAAAAUGCAUUUUGGGAAGCCCUAAGAAGUACAUUUGAACAUAUCGUGGGAGCAAUGCAAAAAUUAGGUUCACCAAGUAAUGACCAUGUUCAUCCAGACAAAUUGGGGCAAAUUACGUCCUGGGAAAAAGUAUUUGACUCAUUUUUGAAAAAUCUGAGCUUGGACGAUUUACGCAAUAAGCUUCUGAGGACAAUCUUUUAUGCUGGAGAACUGGUGAAUCAUUGCGGUGGAAAUUCUCUGAGUCUUUUACUCAGAAUUGAAGCACAUUUUAAACAUCUAUGUAGGUGUUUGGACAUCUUAUUGAACUUUGGUCAUGCACUGAUGAAAGAACUUUUAGCUAUGUGCAAAACUGUAUCUUUAAUAAUUCAUAAGCUUGCAAACAUUUUAGCUUUAUAUUCGAAGGGAUCUGGGAUUUCUAGUGAAGACAAAGAGGAUGAUGCUACUGGUGAGUCUCAAGAUAAAAAAGGAACAGGUAUGGGGGAGGGUGUAGGACUGAAUGAUGUCAGUGAUCAGAUUACCGAUGAAGAUCAACUUCUUGGAAUAUCUGAGAAGGCCAGCGAAGAACAAGAUGCCUCAGGUGAAGUCCCAAGUAAAAAUGAUAAAGGGAUAGAGAUGGAGGAGGAUUUUGCAGCUGAUACAUUUAGUGUCAGUGAAGACUCUGAAGAUGAUGCAAAUGAAGAUGAUGCAGAUGAGCAUUUAGAAUCUGCAAUGGGAGAAACAGGAGUUGAUGGUGAAACUGUUGAUGAGAAACUAUGGAAUAAGGAUGAAGAUGAAAAUCUCAAUAAUUCAAAUGAGAAGUAUGAAUCUGGGAAUUCAAUUAACGAUAGGGAUGCAAGUUCUAGGGAGCUUAGAGCCAAGGAUGACUCUGCUGCCGCGACCAACGAGCCUGGAGAGCUUGAUUUAAAUGAAAUUGAUGAAGAUAAUGGUGAGGUUGGAAGCCAGGAUGAUCUCAAUGAUGUCGAGAAUGUUGAGGACAUGAACCUGGACAAACAAGAAGCAGUUGUAGAUCCUACAGGAUUAAAUCCCGAUGAUUUGAAUCAAAAUUCUGAUGAAACUAUGGAGUUGGAUGAUCCUGAAAUGCAUGAUGAGCAUGUGGGGAAUGAAGACCCUGAAGAAGAACAAGCAUUUUCAACUGAUGAAACCAUGGGAGAGGCAGAGACAGAACAAAUAGAUGCAACUCCUGAAAGGGAUGACACAAGUAAGGAUCAUGAAGAUAAUCCUGAGAUAAAUUCAGGAUUAAGUAAGGAUGUAUUCGAACUGGGAGUGUCUGACUCAGUGCGUGAUGAUGUGCCCAACACAGAACCUUCGACACAACCUAAGAGUGACUUGAAGGCAUCAGAUCCAAGCGAUGUAGCACCAGAAUCAAACUGGGCAAAUAGCAAUGAUAUUCAUAAUGAGCUUACUCCUAUGAGAGGUUUACCUUCCACAAAUACGUCAGAGCUGGAUAUGAUGAUUUCUGAGGCAUCAGAUAAUGGUAAAAAUGUUGCUGAGCAACCAAAAAGUCAACUUCCUAGGCAAGAAUCUUCAUCUGAGAGGAAAAGCAAACCAAACCCUUACCGUAGCGUUGGGGAUGCACUCAAGGAGUGGGAGGAAAGAGUUAGAGUGUCUGUUGAUCUUCAGGACGGUGACGUGGAGCCACAAGAUGAGAUCAAGAAUGAAAAUGCGGAUGAGUUUGGAUAUGUUUCUGAGUAUGAAAAGGGGACAGCUCAGGCUUUGGGACCUGCAACAUCUGAGCAGAUUGACAAAAAUGUAGAUGGUAAUAAGUCCAAUGCGAGUGAAGAUGAUCGUACAACGCAUAAAGAUGGCCUUGUUGACAUGGAAAUUGAGAACAAAAAAUAUGAAGCACAGCCUAGCAGGAGUCGUGCUUCAAUGCUCCAAGAUAAGAUAGAGGAUCAGAUGCAUCUUUCUGGUAUAGAAAAAUUGCCAGGCGAUGAGUAUCAAGAUAUUCAUAGCCGUCAUGAUGGUGAUCCUGAAAGCAUAGUAGAGGAUGUAGUCUCUGUGAAGACGUCCUACUUCAGUGAUGACAUGCAUAAGCUCAGUAAACUUUCUGUAAAUGACAGUGACAUGGGAAAAGCACAAGGUGCUGGCGAAUUUUCUGAUGAUGUUGUGGGCAAUGCUACUGUUCUCUGGAGAAGAUAUGAGCAAACCACAACAAGAUUGUCCCAGGAAUUGGCUGAACAAUUACGUCUUGUCAUGGAGCCUAAUCGAGCCAGCAAGCUUGAAGGGGAUUAUAAGACUGGCAAGCGGAUUAACAUGAAGAAGGUGAUUCCAUACAUGGCCAGUCAUUAUCGGAAAGAUAAAAUAUGGCUGAGACGGACCCGUCCUAACAAACGUGAUUAUCAAGUUGUCAUUGCUGUUGAUGAUUCCCGUAGUAUGUCUGAGAGCUGCUGUGGUGAUGUUGCUAUUGAAGCUUUGGUAACGGUAUGUCGUGCAAUGUCCCAACUAGAAAUGGGCAACCUGGCUGUUGCAAGCUUUGGAAAGAAAGGUAACAUAAGGUUGCUACAUGACUUCGAUCAACCUUUUACUGGAGAGGCUGGAAUCAAGAUGAUCUCGAGUUUGUCAUUCAAGCAGGAGAAUACCAUUGCUGAUGAACCAGUUGUUGAUCUUUUGAAGUAUCUAAACAACAAGCUAGAUGAAGCAGUUGCAAGAGCACGACUACCCUCUGGAUGGAACCCACUAGAACAGCUCGUUUUGAUUAUUGCAGAUGGUCGUUUCCAUGAGAAAGAGAACUUGAAGCAGUGUGUUAGGGAUGCCUUAGCUAGGAAACGUAUGGUUGCAUUUUUGCUUCUUGAUAAUCCACAAGAGUCCAUAAUGGACCUCAUGGAAGCAUCUUUCGAGGGUGGGAAUAUUAAAUUUUCGAAGUACAUGGACUCUUUUCCUUUCCCAUUCUACAUUGUACUAAGGAACAUUGAAGCACUUCCUAGGACUCUUGCUGAUUUACUGAGACAGUGGUUUGAGCAGGCAUGCAAAAAUACUUGAGUGGCUUAAAGGUCAUUUUCCAUAGAAUCAUAGCAGGUUAACUGGAGAAUGAGGACGAUGCUUAUUGGUAGCCAAAACCAUAAACGGUAGAUUUGUUAUCCCAAGUAUAGAAACUUGUAUAGUGAAACACCCAACAAAGGGGAAAACUUGUACAGGAAACAAUUACAAUCCUCCUCAUCAAUGAAGAUCUACAAGUUUUGUAUUCUUGCCCUUUUUCUAAGCUGAAUAAAUAAAUAAAAAUCAUUCU